AUGUUGUAUAGUCUUGAUGUGAUUGGUGUGGAAGACAGAGGAGAAGAUGAUCAUUUGGAUGUUUACACCGAAUUCAACGAGACCAUUGUUCGAGACAAGGAAGGACGGUACCAAGUCAACGUUCCGUGGAUACCUGGUGCCCAACUUAGAGAGACAAAUAAAGUACAGAUCAAGAAACGCCUGCGUUCGGUCACAAAGAACUCAAUCAAGACCUCGGUCUGAAAGCAGAAUACCGGAAUAUCGUAGCCCAACAGCUUGAGAAAGGAAUCAUCGAGAGGGUCCCAGGGGAACCGAUCAGAAGUCGUGUGUUUUAUAUGCCACAUAAACCAAUGGUGAAAUCUUCUGCCACAACUACAAAGAUCUGAAUGGUGUUUGAUGCCAGCGCGAAGCCGAACCCACUCGCUCGAAGUGUUAAUGAGUGCAUGUAUAAGGAUCCUCCACUACAGCCGUUGCUGUGGGACGGAGAUGCCUUUCGAUUUGUAUUCGAAUUGAUAGACGGAACGGAAGAGCAAUUCAGAUUUACCAGAAUACCCUUUGGCGCAGAGGCGAGUCCCUUUCUUCUCGGAGCCACCAAGGUUGCAACACCAUUAUGAUAACCAACCACAGGAGAAGCAUACUCAGUCUGAUACCCUGAUUCGCCACAUUCACGAACAGACAUUUCAUUUGGGAAUUGCUAGUACCAUGGGUGUUAUUCGAGAGGAGUGGUGA